AUGGAGCGAAAUCGCAAGAGACGAUACAGUGAAGCUGCUACUUUUGGUAGAACAAACCGAACGUCCGAUUUUGAGGAAGGAAGGCGACGUAGUGAGAGCGAUAAAUGGUCAUAUGGCUCACGAGCUUUCUCGCCUAAACGACGACGCCUAACAGAUACGAGGGGAGGGGAGAGUCAGGAGGAGGCGGUACCUUUAGGAUACAAGGCCUUGGAGGAAAUAUGGAAAGCAGAUUCAGAUGAAAAUAGGAUAUUGGAACUAGACCUCAGAUCUGAAAGAUUCAAAGCGUUGCUAAGUUCCAAGACAGAAAUAAAUCCAGGUGUCAUGAGGCUUACCAUCUGUGUACUCCAUCAGCUUUGUUGUUCCCGUAAUAUACUUUUAUGUCAUGUUGAAGAGUUGUUACAUUUGGUGAUAGAAACCAAUUUCAUGUGUUCACGACUGUCUGGUUUCGUCAGCCGAAUGACGUUUUAUGCAGGAUCAGAAUUUGAUAAGUUCCAAUCAUCUGAUCUGAUCUCCAGUUUGGCGGAAGUAUUUCUCCACUUCCUGCAGAGGUUUGGACGCGAAGUAGCUCACGAAAUUCCUGUGCCUGCGCUCGAAGACACCGUGAUGCAACUAAAAGCAAAGAGGCGUUUACACGAUGUAGGUACACUGGAAAAGAAAGUUUCCCAAGUCAAAGAACUGCGGCAAGAAGUCAUUAAUCAAGAAAUGAUGCCUAACUGGGACGAAGAAGAGGAGUUGGAAGUCGAGCCCCCGCAGAGUUUUCGAGAACUCAGUGUUUUCCCAAAAGCCUCAGAUCUUAGCAUUUCACAUAACCCCUUUCUCCGUGUCAAUGUUGUCGACCAGCGCGGCUACAGAGAUCUGGAACAUUACUUAGAUGUUCAGUUUCGGCUUGUUCGAGAAGACUUUAUCAUACCACUGCGGGAAGCUAUCAUGGAGCUUCGGAGGGACAGUGGCGGCCUAGCAGCUAGUGGCAGCAAGGACAAAGAACGCGCCAAAGACGUGUACUUCUACCGAGACGUCACUGUGUUGUAUCCCGUAUGUAAUGCAAAAGGAAAGGUCUACAGGAUCCGGUUUGACGCAUUUCACCACACUGUGAGGAAAGUCUCUUGGGACAGAUGUAAGCGUUUCAAGAAUGGUUCCCUCUUGUGUUUAGCACCGGAUGACUUUUACACGCCUUUUUUUGCCACAGUCGAGGGUCGAGAUCCCAAAGAACUUUGCCUGGGUGAGCUUGAUGUGCGAUUUGAAGGUGUGGAUCUCGAAACAUUAAAUGAAUGGAUCGAUUCCAAGACGAAAUUUGACAUGGUCGAAUCCAAAGCCUUCUUUGAAGCGUACAGAUACGUGUUAGAAGGUAUGAAAGAAAUAUAUCCUGGAGACUUGCCCUUUGAAAACCACAUUGUGAAGUGUAAGAGUGUCAUUGGUGCUCCAGAUCACAAGCAUCAAACGAACUUCGACUACAACAUGAGUGGAAUAUUACAAGGUGAAAUAGAUGGUAGCAGUGAGUUGCGCCCGUUUGUUGAAUAUGGCAUUAUCAGAGACAGAAACUCUGGAUUUGUGCAGCACCGUCUGACCUCGAGCGAAGAUGUGCUUUACAGUGACGAAGAAGACAUGUCCACUGAUAGCCAAGAUCUUGUGAACGCUUUCGAAUUGCAUGACUACCGAGACAGCCUGGGUUUUAACGACUCACAGCUGCGAGCAUUUCAACUGGCGCUGACCAAAAAGUUUGCUAUCAUUCAAGGGCCGCCAGGGACUGGGAAGACAUAUGUGGGUUUGAAAAUCGCGCGUGUUCUUUUGGAGACAGCUUCCCUCUGGGAAGGAGAGGAUGAGCCAACACCAAUUUUAAUGGUGUCUUACACGAAUCACGCCUUGGAUCAGUUCCUGGAAGGACUUCUGCCAAUGCAAGGGAUUGUUCGUGUCGGUGGGCGGUCUAAAAGUGAAAAACUUGAACCCAAUAUGCUCCACUUCGUUCGCGAGCAAGCUCGUGAAAAGAAGGAAAUUCCUGGCAGAAUUACCAGAGCGAGAACAAAGACUAACAAGAAAAUUAGAGCGCUGAAGGAGGAUGGAACUCUAGACCUGUCAAUACUGGUGAUGAAGCUUGCAAGAAGAGGAGUCCUGUCCUUUCAUUUAAUACAUCAGUUCAUGUUGGAACGCCACGCCCGGUGGUUUGAGAGAGAAUUCGACAACCAAGAUAAACGGAACGCGAACGAAUUCUUCUGUAAAUGGCUUGAUGUAGAGAAACAAGUGGCUGCAAAAGAUCUCAAGGACACAGAUACUUGUGAUUUCCAUGACGAAGAUUUUCAAAGGCAAGUUUCGUUCGGCACCUUUGCCGAUGAAGACGAUGCUCAAGAGGAAAGUGACUUCCGCAUCGCAACCAAGCCCUCAGAUGUGCUGAUUUGCGAAAUCAACGACUCUAAAAGACCCUUGCGACUACAAAGAAACCUCCAAGCUGUAGAAGUUAUGCCUGAGAACGAAGAAAAGCGCGUAUUCCUCUCACAAGGGUUAUCGCAACAACAGCGCUGGAAUCUAUACAGGCUAUGGCUCCAGAGAGCUGAGAAAAACUAUUUAAAACAAAUACAAGACAAACAACCCGAAUUCGAAAAAUUUCAGGCUCGCUUGAACGAGCUGCGGGAGGAGGAGAACGCAAUCGUUCUCAAGAAUGCACGUGUCAUUGGCAUGACAACCACCUGCGCCGGCAAAAACCGCCGUAUUCUUCAGCGGAUUCGCCCCAAAAUUGUUUUAGUUGAAGAAGCCGCUGAAGUACUCGAGGCUCACAUUAUUACUUCAUUGACUCCAGGCUGUCAGCAUUUGAUUUUAAUUGGUGAUCAUCAGCAGCUAAGACCCACCCCCGCAGUCUAUGAUUUAGCCAAGAGGUUCAAACUGGAUGUGUCCCUGUUUGAGCGAAUGGUGAAUGUUGGAAUGCAAUGCGAGAUGCUAAACGUACAGCAUCGUAUGAGACCUGAAAUCGCUGCCCUGAUGAAACACAUUUAUGACGAUCUAGAGAAUGACGAGUCGGUGGAGAAAUAUGAAGACAUCAAAGGAAUGAAGAAGAACAUGUUCUUCAUCAGCCACAAUUACACGGAAGUGUCGUGUUAUCAGUCGCACAGCCACGUGAAUGAGCACGAAGCCAAGUUUUUGGUCGCCCUAUGUCGAUAUCUACUGCAGCAAGGAUAUAAAGCCGAUCAAAUUACCCUGCUGACAACUUACAUGGGACAAAUGUUUGCCAUCAGAGAAUCUCUCAAAGCUGAAAAAGAUCAAUCCUUGAGAGGUGUCCGUGUGACAACAGUUGACAACUUUCAAGGUGAAGAAAAUGACAUCAUCCUUCUGUCACUCGUGCGCAGUAACAAAGAUAAGAAAGUCGGAUUUCUGAAGAUUGUCAACCGCGCAUGCGUGGCUCUCUCUCGUGCAAAGAAAGGUUUCUACUGCAUCGGAGACUUUGACCUCCUUUCCACUCACAGUGACAUCUGGCGGAAGAUUGUAACAGAUCUCAGAGCGAAUGGAAGAAUUUGCAGCAAUUUACAGCUGGUUUGCCAGAUUCACCACACAGAAGUCCGCGUCAAACUCGCCAGCGAUUUUAAGAAAAAGGUUCCUAAUGGGGGAUGCCAGCGUGAGUGUAACGUGCGGUUGGAGUGCGGUCACACAUGUAAACAGCUCUGUCAUCCUGAUGAUGUUGAACACGAGAACUACAGAUGUAUAGAGCCAUGCCGUAAUACCAUCAACGGCUGCUCUCACAAGUGCCCCAAGCUUUGCUUCGAAGCGUGUGAAACGAAUUGUGCGGUUCUGGUGCGGAAAAUGCUACCACUUUGUGGACACAUCAAUACCAUGAGGUGUGGUCAGGAUGAGAAAAGGGUGAAGUGCAAGGAAAACUGCGAAAAGAAGCUCCCGCAGUGUGGUCACCAGUGCCAAAACUUAUGUGGAGAACCAUGCACGAAAAACUGCAAAAAACUCGUUAAGAGACGGGAUUGGCCAUGUGGACAUGAUGUGACAGUCGCGUGUUCUGCUAAGCCCGACGAAUGCCCAGUACCCUGCUCCUCCAUAUUGGAAUGUGGGCACCAGUGUUCUGGAACCUGUGGAGAAUGUCGAAUGGGUCGAAUUCAUAAGCGGUGCAACCAAAGGUGUGAUUGUCUGUUAGUGUGUUCGCACAAGUGUAGAGAAUCUUGCAUCGCAGCGUGUCCACCGUGUUCAAGGCAAUGUGAAAACCGAUGCGUGCAUAACUACUGCGCGAGAAAGUGUGGUGAGCUGUGCGUGCCAUGCAGUGAAGAAUGCACGUGGAAAUGUCCGCAUCACAAGUGCUCUAAGCUUUGUGGGGAGUUAUGCAACAGGCCAAGGUGCAACGUACGGUGCAACAAAAUCAUCAAAUGCGGAAGACGUCGUCAUAUCUGCUACGGUUUAUGUGGAGAGCAGUGUGUUUGUGUCUCCUGUGACAAGAAUGACGGGUCUCCCAUUACUGAAAUUUUCUUUGGUGAGGAAGACCAAGACGAUGCACGUUUCAUCAAACUAUCAGACUGUAAACACAUAUUUGAAGUAACAGGACUUGACAAGUACAUGGACGACGAAGAAAGUGGCGCGAUUAAACUCAAGUCCUGCCCUCGCUGUCUCACCCCCAUUCGUACGAGCUUGCGAUACAGCAACGUUAUUAAACAGCAGCUAUGCGACAUAGAGAAAGUGAAGAUACGUUCCCACGGUCAUCCGAACGAGAUGAGACUCACCAAGCAGAAAUUACAAGCACGUCUUACAGGCUUAAAAACGAUUUUUGCCGACAAGAUGGAGGAGUGGAAAAGUCUGGAGAGCAGUUUGAAAGGAAUGGCCAGAGUAACAGUGGCAGUUACAGAAAACCGGGUGAUGUUUAUGGAGAAGUUUUGCGUAAUGAGACAGAAGUUGGAUCAAUGUUUUCUCUGCCAUGCACCUCGAAACUUGAGCACUGACAUCGUUAUGACAGCUAUGGCAGUGCAGAAGGACUUAGAGUAUCUGAGGAAACGCUUCAUGUCUCAGGGAGUCACAGAGAGGGAACUGCAUGAUAUAAGAGUUGAAUUCAGUCGACAAAACCUCCAACUUGAGCUGUGUUUGUUGUGGCACAACGCCAGGAGCCUGGGCUUAAACCUUAAGAGGAAUUACCGUAAAACUAUGACGUCGAUACAAGAUGAACUGUCCAGCGGCAGAAUUGUGAAGGAAGAGAGACUUGAUAUGUACCUGGGAAAGUUGGGUGAUAUCAGGCGCGCCCACCCAGCUCUCUUGCCGUUGACACCUGAGGAAAAAACUCAGAUCGUGGCAGCCAUGAACUUCAAAACGGGUCAUUGGUUCAAAUGUCCCAAUGGACACGCCUACGUCGUUGGUGAGUGCGGUGGCCCCAUACACAGAACCACGUGUCCUGAUUGCGGACUUGUGAUUGGUGGAUCAAAUCACAGUCUGGAGGAAGGAAACCAAUUGGCUUGGGAGAUGGAUGGUGCGAGGCGCAAGGCAUGUAAACAUUGUUAAUGAAACAUUGAAUGGUUUUACCAUGAACUUUAACUUAAGCCCACAUUUUACAUGUGUAUUUUUUUUCUACUCCACUGCAGUCCUUGAGAAGGUGUAAUAUUACCUUUACUAACAAAACGCAGAACCAAAAUUAUUUGUGGCGAUUUGCACUAAGUGAGAAUUUUUUUCGCCUCGCUCCUUGUGAAGUUCCCACACUUUUUUUCAAUUUUAUUUUCUAUUUCAUUGUUACCAGCAAUUAAAAAGGUUUUUUUUCUCAAGUUCCAUUGUGCAUGUCAGAUUUUCUGGCGGCGUCCUCCGUUGUUUUGUCUCAUAGCUGGUUAACCUUUGCUUGCCUUUCAUAAGCCCUCGAAACUUUUAAAUCGUUGACUAGGGGAAGCAUUUGAUUUACCAGGAAAUAAUUUAAAGUUGAAGAUUAUUAACUCAACAGUAGUCUAGUUAUGAUUUAUUUUCUAAAGUAACACUCAACACAGACCAAGAGAGCAAUUUUCAAUUGAGAGUCGAAAGUAGAGCAGGAUUUCUUUGUUUUUGUUUUUUUUUUGCUCUGUCAUUGGUCCAGAAAACUUAUGUCACUCUCUCAACCAAUCAGAUGCAAAACUAAAACCAAUCACGACUUGGUCGCCCGCGUUUUCCCGCGCUUCAGGAAGUUUGGUUGUUUUAGCUUUGAGAUCUCAUUGGUUCUUAAAGGCAUUUUCCUUCCUUUUGAUUGGCCAUUGUGAUUACUUUGGUUUUGGAUUUACUACACUCAAUCGAGAAACGCUCUAUAGACAGCUUGAGCAAAAGGAAUCGUACAA